AUGGUGCUGCUGGACGAGUUCUGUGUAAAGGUGUACUUCUGGCCGUUUCUCUCGUAUUUGGCCAGCAUCAAGGGCUGGUGUCCGCUGUAUCCGCCAGGUUACUAUCCCAUCUACGCACUGCCUCCUCCUCCGCCUCCACCACAGCAGUUCCCACCGCAAUUCCCACCGCCUCAACCGCCGCAGCCAACUGGUCCACUAAUACCGAUUCCGUCCACACCUGCAGUGAUUCCCACGUUCCAGCCAACGCCGCCCUAUCCGCAGACACCGUCGGUGACGCCGCCAUUGAUCACCACGAGUAGCAGUACCACCACAACGACUGGGUUGACCACAAUCAGUACCGCUGGCACCACACUCCCGGUGCCGGUGCCCACGUGUCCAUCUCAGCCUCUGGUUUGCCUGCCCGGCGGCACUCGACCUUUGCCCAAUUGUCCCUGCAUCGAUCCACGCCAGCAGAACUCGCCGCUGGUCUCCGCACCACCAGGAGGUCCGCAGAUCGGUUCGGAUAUAAUGGUGUUCAUGCCGCUGAAUGCCGGACGUAGGCGGCGUCGUCGCCGAAAGCCCCAAUCCUGUUACGAUGGCCGAUCCCGGCCAGGAAGCUGCCUGCCCCUGACCUCCUGCGCCCCGCUCAUGGAGGAGUAUCAGGGACAGAGCAGCGAUUUCAGCACCUUUCUGGGUCAGUCCAUAUGCGGAUUCGAUGGCUCCACAUUCAUGGUGUGUUGUGCCUCGGAUCGCAGUGGCAAUGCCAGGAGCAGGAAGGAUCUUCUGCCUACCACUGCUGCACCCUUUGGUUUCUUCCAUUUCUCACCUCUGAGUGGCGGCUCCACAGCCACUCCAAUGGUAUUCCAGCCCACACCGCCUCUGAGCCAGAUACAACCGGUGAUAAGUCCAAGUUUCAAUCCUCCAGUGCAGCCUCCUCCUCCUCCUCCUCCAGUGGCCCAGAUUGCACCACGGGCAUGUGGUGUAAGUGGCACUACCUCAAACCGAGUUGUGGGUGGAUUGGAAGCCAGAAAAGGAGCCUAUCCCUGGAUAGCUGCCUUGGGCUACUUCGAGGAGGCCAAUCGGAAUGCUUUAAAGUUCCUUUGCGGUGGCAGCUUGAUUCACACGCAUUAUAUUUUAACUUCGGCGCACUGCAUCAAUCCCAUGUUGACUCUGGUCCGAUUGGGUGCCCAUGAUCUAUCCAAGUCUGUGGAGCCCGGAGCAAUGGAUUUCCGCAUCCGUAGAACUGUGGUUCACGAGCACUUUGACCUUAACUCCAUAUCGAAUGAUAUAGCGCUGAUUGAGCUAAAUGGUUUCAAUGGAAAUGUGCCAAGUAACAUUGCCCCUAUUUGUCUGCCCGAGGCAGCCAAGUUCCUGCAGCAGGACUUUGUGGGCAUGAAUCCCUUUGUGGCCGGCUGGGGAGCUGUGAAGCACCAGGGACCCACAUCACAGGUGCUCCGCGAUGCCCAGGUGCCGAUCGUUUCCCGUCACACCUGCGAGCAGAGCUACAAGUCCGUCUUCCAGUUCGUCCAGUUCAGUGACAAGGUGAUGUGCGCGGGCAGCUCCAGCGUGGACGCCUGUCAAGGGGAUUCCGGUGGACCACUCAUGAUGCCGCAGCUGGAAAGCAAUGGCUAUAGAUUCUACUUGCUGGGCCUGGUAUCCUUUGGCUAUGAGUGUGCUCGUCCCAAUUUCCCAGGAGUUUAUACGAGAGUCGCCUCCUAUGUUCCGUGGAUCAAGAAGCACCUAUCAUUGGCUUAGAAUGUCACACUGUGAUGUCUCAUCCGAAGGGAAGGCAUUUACUUAACUUAACACACAUGUGGAGUUAA